GGCGUGAGGGAAAUCGCACACGCCAUCCGGCAAAGAAGACCAGGAAACCACUUCUGGUUUUCCAAACAGCAGCAGGCCCUCAGGAAUGGCUCUGUGAGGCUCAGGGCAGGAGGCACUAGCAGCAGGGUGGUCGAGCUUGGAGCGGAGCUGCCCGAGCCUCGCAAUGAGUCCUGCUCGGCUGUUUCUUCAGCGGGUGUGAGGCUCUAGAGGAACCUGAGGGACAAAUGGCCUUGUAACAGAAACCUGGAAGCUUGUAGGUGUCUGGUUAUAGCAGAAGCCCGUCUGGGGACAGCAGGAGCCCAUCUGGGGACUUCGGUGCUGGACAGGCAAAGCAACUCAAACUUGAAGAAAUGAAAUAUCCAAGGAGAACCACGUUGUGCUUCAUGAUCAUUGUGAUUUAUUCUUCCCUAGUUACAAAGACCUUGAAUUCACAGUCUAUUGUUCAUCCUUUGAAUCUCCGUGAACAUGAGCUAGCAGGGGAGGAGCCACUUAGGCAAAAACGAGCAGUUGCUACGAGUCGUCCUGCAGCUAAAGAGUACACUGUGGACAUUGAGAUCAGUUUGGAAAAUGCCUCCUUCCUGGACCCUAUCAAAGCUUACUUGAACAGCCUCAGUUUUCCAAUUCAAGGCAAUGACACUGACCCAGCCACCAACAUUUUGAGCAUUGAGCUGACAACAGUCUGCAGACCUACUGGGAAUGAAAUCUGGUGCUCCUGUGAGACAGGCUAUAGGUGGCCUCAAGAACAGUGCCUUCCCAAUGUCACUUGUCAGGACCAUGACAACUCCCCUGCAGGGCACCAUUGCAAUUGCCUUAAAGGACUGCCCCCCAGAGGACCUUUUUGCCAGCUCCGGGGAGCUGUAACCUUGAGGAUGUCAGUCAGACUCAACGUGGGCUUUCAAGAAGAGCUCAGGAACACUUCCUCUGCCCUCUACAGGUCCUACAAGACUGACUUGGAAACAGCGUUCUGGAAAGGUUACAGUAUUUUACCAGGCUUCAUCUUGGUGACUGUGACAGGGUUCAGGCCCGGCAGUGUGGUCGUGACAUAUGCAGUCAAGACUACAACACCAUCGCCGGGAUUAAUGCAGAAAGCGAAUGCUCUAGUAGCACAGAACCUCAAUCAGACCUACAAAAUGGACUACAAUUCCUUUCAAGCAGUUGCUAGUAAUGAAACUAAGUUCUCUGUCAUACCAGAAAUCAUCUUUGAAGGGGAUACGGUCACUCUGGUGUGUGAGACUGAAGUUCUGUCCUCCAACGUGUCCUGGCACCAUGUGGGAAAGCGCUCUGACAUCCAGAACAGCAGCAGAUUCUGGGUUGACACCGUCGUGCUCAACAACAUGACCUCAGUGUCGCGCCUCACCAUUUACAACAUCACUAAGAAGGACGCCGGUGAAUAUAUUUGCAAACUGACAUUAGAUAUUUUUGAAUAUGAGUCCAGAAAAAAAAUCAAUAUCACACCCAUCCAAAUUUUCUCAAGUGAAGACAUGAGGGUGACGUGCGACAACAAUCCUGUGUCUUUGAACUGCUGCAGUGAGAUUAACGUGAACUGGAGUCGAGUGGAGUGGAAGCAGGAGGGAGAGAUAAGCAUUCCAGGAAACUCUGAAACAGAAUCAGAUUCCAGCUGCAGCAGGUACACCCUCAAGGCCGAUGGAACUCAGUGUCCCAGUGGGUCAGCUGGAAGAACAGUUAUCUACACGUGUGAGUUCAUCAGUGCCCACGGAGCUCGAGGCAGUAAGGACAUAGAAGUGACAUUCAUAUCUGUGGGAGAUAAAUCCAGCCACAAAGGGGAAGUGCACGAGUUCCUAAGGCAUGUGAUGGAAAUGAGUACAGUUCAGAGCACCACCGGGAACAGCCUAGAAACAAGUAAAGCCCAGGAGCAGCAAGCCAACCUAACAAUAACCCCGGACCCAAUUUCUGUUUCUGAGGGACAAAACUUUUCUAUAAAGUGCAUCAGUGAUGUGAGUAACUAUGAUGAGGUGUAUUGGAAAACUUCUGCUGGAAUUAAAAUAUACCAAAGGUUUUACACCACGAGGAGGUAUCCCGAUAAAGCAGAGUCGGUGCUGACAGUGAGGACCUCGACGAGGGAGUGGAAUGGAACCUAUCACUGCGUGUUUAGAUAUAAGAAUUCAUACAGUAUCGCAACCAAAGAUGUCACUGUUCACCCGCUGCCUCUAGAGCCAAACAUCAUGGUUGAUCCUUUGGAAGCCACAAUUCCAUGCGACGGUUCCCUUCCCCUCAAGUGCUGUGUCGAGGAAGAUGAAGACUACAGAGUAACUUUCCAAGUGGAUUCCCUGUCCUUUCCUGCUGCCAAAGAAGUUAAUGGAAAGCAAGCAUGCUACAAAUUCAAUUUCAUGGCAAACUCAGCUUUCUUGUGUCCAAAACAUAUUGACGUGUCCUGUCACUUUACCAAUGACGCUGAUAAUUCGGUCCACAGUCCAUCUAUGAAGCUUCAUCUGGUGCCUGGAGAGAACAUCACAUGCCAAGAUCCAGACAUAGGUUCUGGGGAGCCUGGAAAAAUCAUUCAUAAACUCUGCCAGUUCUCACACCUGCCCAGCAGCCCUGGAAGUCCCAUGGGUGGGAUCAUGACUUACAAAUGUGUAGGCUCCCAAUGGCAGCUGAAGAGAAAUGACUGCAUCUCUGCACCGAUAAACAGUCUGCUCCAGCAGGCCAAGGCUUUGAUCAAGAGCCCCUGUCAGGACAAGAAGCUGCCUACAUACUUGAAGAAUCUUUCUGAUAGCACAGAGAAAGUGGUGCAUGAAGUCAGUUUAUAUCCUGGGAACCUGGGAGCCAUUAUUAACAUCCUUGAUUUAUUCUCAACAAUUCCAGGCCAAGUGAAUUCAGAAAUGAUGAAGCACAUUCUCUCUACGGUUAACGUCAUCCUCAACAAGCCUGUCCUGAAUACAUGGAAGGUGUUACAACAGCAACAGACCAAUCACAGCUCACAGCUACUGGAUUCAAUGGAAAGGUUUUCCCAAGCAUUACAGUCAGAAGACAGCACCGAUUUGUCCUUCUGCCAAUCUAAUGUGCAGAUGAAGACCAUGGUCAUAAAAUCUGGCACCCCAAAACCCUACAAGCAGAUCUUCCUUUUCCCAGACUAUGACCUCGGGGGUAAUGUGGCUAUUGAUGAGUACCAUCUGGGACACCUGCAGCCAGGUGCAUCUAUUGUCACCAUGGCAUUCCCAACUCUCAAAACCAUACUUGCCCAGAAUGCUCAGAGAAAUUCUGCAAACAGCCUAGUGAUGACUACCACUGUCAGCCACAAAAUAACCAUGCCUUUCAGGAUUUCAAUGACUUUUAAGAACAACAAAUCCUUAGGUGGGAAACCACAGUGUGUCUUCUGGAACUUCACCCUUGCCAACCACACAGGAGGGUGGGAUAGCAGUGGGUGCUAUACAAAAGUUGAUGGGGACAGUGUCUUAUGCAGCUGUGACCACAUAACGUCAUUCUCCAUCCUCAUGUCUCCUGAUACCCCAGACCCUGAUUCUCUCCUGAAAAUACUGCUGGAUAUUAUUUCCUACAUUGGGUUAUGCUUUUCCAUCCUGAGCUUAGCAGCCUGUCUAGUUGUGGAAGCUGUGGUGUGGAAGUCAGUGACCAAGAAUCGAACUUCCUAUAUGCGUCACAUCUGCAUAGUGAACAUUGCUGCCUCCCUUCUGGUUGCUGACAUUUGGUUCAUUGUGGCCUCCACCAUCCGGGACCAUCACUAUGUACUCAAUGAGACAGCCUGCGUGGCCGCCACCUUCUUCAUCCACUUCUUCUACCUCAGUGUCUUUUUCUGGAUGCUGACUCUGGGUCUCAUGCUCUUCUACCGCCUGGUUUUCAUCCUGCAUGAUGCCAGCAAGUCCUUUCAGAAGGCUAUUGCUUUUUCCCUUGGUUACGGCUGCCCUCUCAUCAUCUCAGUCAUCACAGUGGGGGUCACCCAGCCCCAGGAAGUCUACACAAGGAAGAAUGCCUGUUGGCUCAACUGGGAGGACACCAAGGCCCUACUAGCCUUUGUCAUCCCAGCACUGAUCAUCGUGGUGGUGAACAUGACCAUCACAGUUGUGGUCAUCACCAAGAUCCUGAGACCUUCCAUUGGAGAUAAGCCCAAUAAGCAGGAGAAGAGCAGCCUAUUUCAGAUUAGCAAGAGCAUUGGGGUCCUCACACCACUCUUGGGGCUCACCUGGGGUUUUGGUCUUGCCACUGUGUUCCAGGGAAGCAAUGCUGUGUUCCAUAUUGUAUUUACCCUCCUCAAUGCCUUCCAGGGAUUAUUCAUUUUACUCUUUGGAUGCCUCUGGGAUCAGAAGGUACAGGAAGCUUUGCUGAAAAAGUUUUCACUGUCAAGAUGGUCCUCACAGCACUCAAAGUCAACAUCCCUAGGUUCGUCUACCCCCGUAUUUUCCAUGAGUUCUCCAAUAUCAAGAAGAUUUAACAAUUUGUUUGGAAAAACAGGAACGUACAAUGUUUCUACCCCAGAAACAACCAGCACAUCCAUGGAAAACACGUCCAGUGCUUAUUCGUUGCUCAACUAAGAACAGGAAAACCCGACCCAUGUGACUCUUGGGAGGCAGUGGAUGUGCUGUGAAAAAGAGAUCCUGUCAAAGCCCUGGGUGAAAUACUCCCACAGCCUCCUGGGAGGGAUGCUGAAGAGACUUUUUCACUAGGAAAGAGGCUUUCUGUUGUAAAGAUAGACUAAAAGUUAUUGUUCCAUUUAUUUUGCUACCCUACCCCCACCCUUUGUGUGAUACCCAAUGUGUAUAGUAUUUAAGUGAAACUCCAGUUCCCCAAGGUCCCACUUAUCUGUCUAUAUUGUAAAAUAGAAUUUCAAAGAGACAUUUCACUUUCCACAUGCUGGGCACAAGGACAAGCUUUGUUUAAAAUUAUAAGUAAAAGGCUAGUACUUAGGAAAUAUUCAGUGAAUUCAAGAAGGAAGGAAAGGAAGGAAGGGAAGAGGGAAGGGAAAAAUAGAGGAAAACAGCAUUAAGGACCACACUUUAAGAUUUCCGUGUUCAUGAUCUAAUUACUCAGAUAAUGCAACAUUGAGAAUCAAAAAGUGGCUCAAAAAUAGCAACAGAAAGUAAGCCAUGGGGAAAGUUCAGUAUCUUCCUGGUAUUUUCUCAGCAAAGAAAGGGGGGGAAAUCAGUGAAAAAAAUAGGGAGAAAAUGACAUCAUCAGGAUGCUUUAAGGUGGGUAAUAAUAUUUACAAGAAAUGCAUGUAAGGAGACAUGUUUCUGCUGAUGUUAAACACACACACAUAUUUUUAGCAUUUAAGGUGUGAGCUAAGUAGGGUGAAUAUGCAGAGGGAGUGUGAUAACCACCCUUUAUCAGAUCCAAGCCCAUCCAACUGCUGGUUACCUUUUGAGAGUUUAUCAGAAAAGCCUUAUGUUUUGCUUUGUUCCAUGUUUGGAAAGCAAAAAAAAUACAUUUUUAAAAUAUCUAUUAAUGGUCAAAUGUGAUGUAUCACACUGAAAGCAGAUCCCAGCUGUCUCUAUUAUAUGCAACAGGUUUAACCAGGUACUUCUCUGUGCGUUAUAGAAUGGACUUAAACGAUUUGUGGCAUUGUCUAUUACUGUUGUUAUCACUGUGAGGUUAGUGGGCCUCAGCAUGUUGCAGAGCUCUCUGUGCAUUAGCUCUUUCCAUCUUUAAGUUCCCAGACCCAUAUACAUUUAGCGUUUCAUGCAGUCCAGCCUGUGUUGAUUGCAGCCACUUGGAGAUGUCCCAGAAGGCCGCGCCACAGUUGGCUCAUCUCUGCUCACAGUGGCACUUUCCCCUGGUGAACAGAUGGUGGAGGGCUUCCCAAGAUUUUGAUUAUGUAUGAUUUAUGUAUAUGUGCCUUUCAUGCAAUACAAAUAUUUAUUAAAAUUGCCUCCAUAUUAAAGUCGACCAGGUGCUGCAGUUACAGUGGCCAUACGUUCCAAGCCAAAGUCAUGACAAGACAAUAAAAAGGGGGGGGAGGCACUCGGGAAGUGUACCUGGAGCAUGCUCUGUAAGGACAGAGAGCCAACCCCUCAGGAAACUAGGACAAAAAAGGCUGAAAUUCAACAAUCAUUAAUUUAUUGAAGGGGUUUUCUUUUAAUAUUUUAACUCUUUAAAAAUAUCUUCCUUUUAUUUGUGAUUCUAAAUUCUACCCUGGCUUUCUUUUCUUCAUGGGAAGUGGGGCAGGUGCAACAUAGAAAUAUCAGUAAUGCUUAGAGUGAAUGAACUCUUUAUUUCUGCAGUCCGAAUGGCACAGGCGUAGACACUGACGCCCAUGUUCCCCUGAAAAUGGUCACUGCACUCUUCUGACCGAAGAGUGCAUUAUUUAAAGUCCCGGAAGGAAAUGGUUGUCAAGCUAUGAAGUUCUCCAGGGCAUGACCACUUUGGGCAGCACUCAGUCCUGGGAACUUGGAGAACCCGCUGAAGUAGAAUUAGACAUCAGGGAAAGAUGGGCUGUGCCCGACCCGGUUCCUGGGCUUGUCCCAGGGAGAACAGAGGAGGGCUACAGCACAACGUUAGCAUGGCCAAGGAAAGCACAGGACUCAGGAGGAGGCUAUGGUUGUCAUGUUCAAAAACACAAUGGGACAAAAAAACACUGAACUUCCACUCACUUCUGUAAGAGUCCUUUGGGAAUCAUUGUGUUUGGUGUUGGGAAAGGAACCCCUGCAUGGCAGGAGCCUUCGGCAGAGUUCCACAGAGAGCGGGCCUGGCCCUCGGCCCGUGUUCGUUAAUGGAGGCACGUUCCCUCACUAUACACACACACGCACAGAGGCAUGCGCUUGACUCCCACUUUACGAGCCACGCCACUGGACGCAAAUUCCAGAAAAGCUAUGAAAACAAAAAAGACUGGAGAAAUGCUUGUUGGUUGCCUGCCCACCCGCAAGACACAUAGUUCAACCUCUGCUCUUUGCCAAGUUUUCCCUAAACUGAGCAGCAGAGUUCAAAACCAUAAGGGAGACCAUCCAUAAAUCUGUAAAUUUUAUGAAAGCAGUAGCCCCUCUUGGCCCUGAGGUCACCAGUCCUCAAUCAGCCACGGUUACACAGCCGCAGUGGCAGAUUUCCGAGGGAAGGAGGCGGAAGGCAGAACACUGGCUCUCGGGUUGGUGCCAAGUGAGAUGCAUCAUCUGCUUCGCUUAUAAAGUGCCCCGUGCUUCCCCAGGGGUCUGACAUCUCUCGGUGCGUAAAGUCAGUUCCAUUGGGUAAUAUUUUCUUGCAUGAAGGGACUAUCCAUUAAGUCAGUUUCUUGCAAAGGCACCUGUGCUAAUGCUUCAAGAGGUUGUGAGGUUGAAGUGUCCACAAGUGAGCAGUUAAUAUGCAGAAAUAUUCUCUGGGAAGACUUUCAGUCCAGUGGGACAUGUCAGCUCUUGAAUGGGUCCUGUGUCUGCCAUCCUAUCCUCUUCCCUGCUUCUUACUGUUUGUAUGGACAAAGAGGUUAGUAAAGAUGCAUGGAUUUUUCGGGAUGUAGGUUACUCAGGCCAAAAAACGAAAAAACACUGUGGGAAGUCACAGCCUUUGGUGGUUUGUGCAGAAAACUUCAGAGGGGUCUGUGUUAGGAAAGUUAAAGUUACAUAGAGACGGGAGAGAUUGUAUCAGCCAGUAAGCGCAGAAGCAGGGGCGGAGUCACUCAGGGGAGUGGAACUGGAAGUCACAGUCAUUGACAAGACGAGAGGAAACUCGGGGGGUGGCCAUAGAAGACUGUGAAGGUGGAAAGCGUUUCACUUGUGACGGGUGAUGCUAACAUCCAACGGGGCUGCCGCGUCCCAGAAUGCAAGCCCGUGGCCAACAGGAGCUGGGUUCCCCGAGUGCGCACAAUCAAAGAGGGUUCUCUGGUGGGUAUUUCUUUCUUACGUAUUUUUAAAAGUCAGCGAAAAUAGUGUCUCGUCAUUUCAAAGAUGUGUGCUUUGAAAUGAGAUGCUACCGGUUUCUAAAAUUAGAAUUUAGGAUUUAAAAUCAUGUCUUAGUUUGCCAGUAUACAACUAUGUUUCUUUUCCAUGUUUAUAACAAUAAAAUAUUUUAUAAGAUCUGGUAAAAUA